UGACAACCAAACACCUGCUUAAUUGCAAGGCCUCUCGGUAUAAUUAGCAAACAUUUGUUUUUAAGAAGAUUUAACGUGUUCUAAGUUUCAUAGUCUAAAUAAAAAUAAUUGAGUAGGUAGAAAACUUUGUCAAAGUUUUCACUGGAGACCCGCAAACAAUUUGAAAUUACAAUAAAGGCGACAUCACAAAAAUGAAGUGUUACUACGAAGAAUUGGGUGUAGCUCGCGACGCUACAGACAGUGAUAUUAAGACUGCAUAUCGCAAGCUGGCUUUGCGUUGGCAUCCCGACAAAAAUCUCAACUCACUCGAAGAUGCAAAAGAACGGUUCCAAAUUAUUCAACAAGCAUACGAAGUGCUGUCCGAUCCGCAAGAGCGCGCAUGGUAUGACAAUCAUCGUGAUCAAAUAUUGCGCGGCAAAAACUCCGAGUAUACAGAUAAUUGUCUCGAUGUCUUUGAAUAUUUCACUUCAUUCUGCUUCCGGGGCUACGGGGAUGAUGAAAAAGGUUUUUAUGCAGUUUACAAACAAGUAUUCGAAAAGAUUGCGGCCGAGGAUGCAGAAUUUAUGGAUGAUGAGGAUGAAAUGGAGCAGAUACCCACUUUUGGUGAUUCUACGAGCAGCUAUGAAGAUGUGGUUGCGCCCUUCUACGCUUAUUGGCAGGCCUAUUGCACGAAGAAAACAUACACAUGGCUAUGCCCGUACGACGUGAAAGAGAUCAGGGAUCGGCGAAUACUGCGUGAAGUUGAGAAAGAAAUGAAAAAAGUGGCACAAAAGGCGCGCAAGGAGCGCAAUGAAGAGGUGCGAAAUUUGGUAUCCUUUGUGCGCAAGCGAGACAAGCGGGUGCAGGCGUACAGAAAAGUUCUCGAGGAACGUGCUGAACUCAACCGCAAGAAGCAAGAACAGAAUAGGUUGGAGCGAAUUCGUAAGCGGCAACGUGAGCUUGAAGAAAUGCGCCAAAAUCAUGGACAAAACAACCAUCACCAUGACGAUUAUGAAGCACAGCUAAAGCAACUUGCGCAAGAUUAUGGCGACAGCAGUGCCGCAGAAAGUACUGAAGCGAGUGAUGAGGAAGCGGAGGAAGACGAAGAAGAGUCUGGAGAAGACGACUUUUAUGUGGAUGAUCUUUACUGUGUCGCUUGCAAUAAAAUAUUCAAAAACGAUCGUGCCUAUGCAAAUCACGAGACCAGUAAAAAGCACCGCGACGCAGUGGAGCGCAUCAAACUUGAAAUGCAAGCAGAGGAGGCAGUAUUUGAAAAUUGUAACGAAGAUGAAGCUGAACAGCAGCGGGAUGAAAAAUUAGAAGAUAGUGGGUCGGGAGAACUAGAAGUAGAGGAAACAACGACUGAAAGCCACAUCCUAAUUACAGAGCAGCCGGAGGAAACCGAUGUGGCCGCGGCUGAUAAGGGUGAUGGGAGUGCAGACGAUGAAAUACCUGCCACGCGAAAGGCAAAAAAAAGUAAAAAAGCACGGAAAAAUGCCAAACUAAAUAAAUCACAAGUGCCGGAUUCAGACGAUGAACACGAAGCAUCUAUUGCGACCGAUUUUCUGGCGCAUGCGAAAAUAGUGGACAGUGAUGAGGAAGACUGGAACAGCAGCGGUAAAAAAACGACGCGCAAAAACAAAAACAAAAAGCAAUUAAAAAAUGCUGUUAUUGAAGAAGGAAAAGCGAACUCUUCAAUACAAGAAGAUAAACCGACGACGGCAGCGAAAAAACUUAGUGUGACAAAAGAGCAAGAAACGACUGAUGAACCCGUUAAGAAAUCGCAACCCAACAUCAAGUUAAAAGUCGAGGACAAUCCCACUACCACGUCACAUGUGUGCGUCACUUGCCACAGUAAUUUUUCAUCUAAAAAUAAACUAUUCGCUCAUUUGAAAAUCACCAAUCACGGUGUUUACAUACCCAAAACGAAAACGGAAGCGCCAAGCAAAAAGGGUAAGGGUAAGAAGAAGUAAGCACAAUGAGCGCGUGAUCAAUGAACGAAAAUCGCCACAAUUUCAUACAUAAGGGUUUUCCAAUAAGAGGUGUUAUUUUGAUAAAAAAUCAAUGGUUUCGUUGCUUGUGUGGCACGUAGCGCUGUCUUGUUGAAAAUAAAUCAGCUUAAUACCAUCCAAUUCCGACCAUAAAAAAUCGUUAAUCAUCUCUCGAUAGCGCAAUCCGUUCACCGUAACUGUUGCUCCAGCUUCAUUUUCGAAAAAGUAAGGUCCAAUGACUCCGCCGGACCAUAAACCGCACCAAAGAGUCACACGCUGAGGAUAGAGAGGCUUUUCAACAAUAACUCUUGAAUUUUCUGAGCCUCAGAUCCGACAAGUUUGCUUGUUGACGAAGCCACCGAGGUGGAAAUAGGCCUCAUCACUCAAGAUGAUUUUUCGCUGAUGGAAUUCCGGAUCAUUUUCAUUCAUUUCAACGACCCAAUUAGGUCAUCAAUUUCUGUAUUGCGGUCCGACAAGGUGCUUCACGAUGACCCAAAAAUGUUCGAGUUUUACGAAUCGUAUCUGCCAAAUAUUCACCUUUUUAUAGUGAAUUUUAAUCAUUUCAAUGCGUUGUUUAAGCGUGUGUCGUUCCAUUUUUAUUAAUGGCGUAGUUUCUACUUGUCAAAUAUCAAAAAAUGGCAGCUUCAAAAGUGGUAUCUACCGAAAUAGCGGGCUAUUCAAAAUGACACCUGUUAUUGGAAAACCCUUUAUUUAUGUAGAAAUAUAUAGCAUCCGUCUGUCUUAUGAUUUCAACUCAAGAAAAUGUACCUCGCCUCACUUAAGUAUCAGCGGUGCAUUAUCAAGUGUAUGUUGCUAAAAACCUGUGUUCGAUCCCGUUUAGCGUUUAUUGCACGCCAAAACUUUACUUAAUUUUUAUUGUAACAUAAAACUAGGGCUUCUCUUAUAUGAAAACUUUAUGGAAAUUUUUUAUUAAAAAUUGUUAACAACUACGAAAUUCAAAUUGAAUAGUAAGCAGUUAAGUCGUAAAAAUAUCGUAAAUUAUCUUAAGAUCUUAAAUAUGUAUAUUUUGGCCCGAAAUCAAUUAUUUCACACAAAACGUAGGUAUAUGGAUUUAUUGCAUUGUGACCAAAUUUGAAAUAAAAUAUAUAUUAUUAUAAAAAGCAAGGCGCAUUCGUUAAAGGUGGUGGCACUAGACCAACAACAAUGUUUUGUACGUUUGAUUAUCAGAGCCAAGUAUUGGCAAGGUAGAAAACAUAAAUUGAAUUCGCCUUGUUUCAUUCUGGGAUGACAGCUACAUAGACGCGGCGAAAGAAAAAAAAAAACAAAUCAGCUGAUUUACGACACCAUCUUUAAUAGAUUCGCCUUGGUAAAAAGCUUGUAAAAAAUAAAUUAUUUGCUUUUAUAUAUAUAAUUGGCACGUACACUUUUUUUUGGGUGUUUG